CGUAUCGAUAUUGCGUAGAGAGAAAGGUAGAAGAAGAAACCAUUAUUGAUAAUCAUACUUCCCGGAGUUCUCUUUCUCAUCUAUGGAAUUCUUCAACGUUAAAGACUGAAUCUUGACUGAAUCAAUCUGGCUUCGAAUAUCUGGAACAAAUUGUUCCCGCCGCCGCGAACUAGAAGAAAUUCCGGCCGUCUAACAAUCCCUCAGAUCCCGUUUCUUCAGCGAUCUAUUCUUUGCUGCGAAAUCGGAAUGGAUCUCAACUUCUUCAAGUUAUGUUCUGGUCUCAAGUUCCUAGGUUACUUUAUGAUCGUUCUCGUUGCCGCUAUAAUCUCUGUCUCAUACUACGCUGUCGUAGUCAUCAAUUGGGGACCAUUAUUGCUUCAAGGUGGCCUCAAAUCCUUAUUAUCCAUCAUCAUAAUCGCGGUGUUCCAUUUCCUGCUUGGUAUGUUGUUAUGGUGUUACUUCAUGGUAGUUUUUCGAGAUCCUGGUUAUGUUCCAGAAAACUGGAAAGAAGAACCAGAUGAGCUGAAUUUAGAGGAUGGUAGUAGUUCUAGUUCAUUUGUACCUGAGAAUUUAGCUUCUAAUUCUGCAUCAGAUGGUGUUGAGAUGAGGCCAACUGUAAGCUACUGCAAUAAAUGCAAGAAUGGAAAGCCACCACGAUGCCAUCACUGUUCUAUUUGCCAAAAAUGCAUACUUAGGAUGGAUCAUCAUUGCAUAUGGGUUGUCAAUUGUGUUGGAGCCAAUAACUACAAGUUCUUCUUCCUUUUUCUGGUUUACACAUUUCUUGAGACAUUGAUGAAUACCCUAGUGUUGCUUCCGAAUUUCAUUAAAUUCUUCAAAGAAGCAGUUAACCACUCUGUUUCACCAGGAGAACUUGCCAUAACAUUUUUGGCUUUUGUUCUCAAUCUAGCUUUCGCACUAAGUCUGCUGUGCUUUGUGGUUAUGCAUAUAUCUCUUCUGAUGACUAAUACAACUUCAAUUGAGGUAUAUGAUAAGAAGAAAACUGGUGGGUGGAAAUAUGACUUGGGCCGUAGGAGAAACUUCGAGCAGGUGUUUGGGAGCAACAAAGCAUUGUGGUUCUUCCCUUUGUUUUCGAAGGAAGAUCUAAAGAACAUUUCGGCACUUCAGGGUCUUAAGUUUCCGACAAGACCAGCUUCAAACCAGGUUUGAACAUAACAUAGAAUUUAGUUAUCUUAUGAUCAUAUUUAAGAAACAUGAUGGAUUCUGCUAUGUGUAUUUAUAACCCACAUUAGUCACAUUGCUAUGUUUACGACCCCAUUUCGAAACACUUUAUUUUGUCUCUGAUUCUAUAUCGAUUUCGAUAAACAACCGAAGAUUUGUCUUUCUAGAUUCAGAUACCGAAAUAGAAAGUGUUUCUAAAUGAGGCGCCAACAUGCCCCCUUAUUUAUUUAAGUUUUCUCAUUGUAUUUAUUCAGUUAUUAAAUUCUUC